AUGGCGGGUCCCACCGGUGGGACCCAUCGUGGUGAAUGGGUUAAUUAUCCUGAUCGUUCGAACGUACAUCCUGUAAUUUAUCGUCCAGCAGAUUUUAUAAUGGCAGAAAAAACAAUUGCAACACUUUUAAGCAAAACUUUAGAACAAACACCUAAAUAUGCGGGUAAACCUGAUCAAAAUGCUGAUGAAUGGCUAAAUGAUCUUUUUGCAACAUGUCGUAUGGCUGAUAUAACUGAAGCACAUGCAUUAAAAAUAAUACCUACAUUUUUGGAAGGACAUGCUAAACAAUGGUAUUCGGACAACAAGGAAAUAUUUAAAACUUGGACUGUAUUUAAAACUGAAUUUAUUCGAACCUAUUCUUCACCAACAACAAAACAAUUAGCGUCAAAUCGUUUACGAACUCGUUUACAACACUACGAUGAACCUGUUAUUGAAUAUUAUACUGAUAUUAUGAAAUUAUGCAAGUUAGUUGAUCAUAGUAUGACUGAUGCAUCAAAACUUGAUCACCCAUAUCACGGUUUAAAACAUUCAUUAAUGAAGGAAGUUUUACGUCAAAAUCCACCAACACCAUCAGACUUUUUAGAACAUGCACGCCGAGAAGAAACAUUGGAUCGUCUUGUUACUAUGUCUGUUCAUCAUACCAAUGAUAUCAUUGAUACCAAUACACCUUAUAAUGCACCACUUCAUCCUGCACAAACAGCAACAUCCAUAUGGUACCACACUUCUCCGAACACGUCUUAUGCUGGGCACCCGCCACAAGCAACUCAGUAUCAAUCAUCAUAUCCUUCAAAUUAUCAGCAAUCAUCACCACACAAUAAUCCUUAUAUUUCAAACAUAUCGUUUAAUGAUUCAUAUCGUCAUCGCCGUUCUGUACAAUUAAGGGAGUCAAAUGAUGGUAGUGACUCCCACCCCUCACAGCCAUCGUUAUCUUAUUCAUCCACAACUCCUGUCUAUUCAUCACCAAAAUUCACAACAUAUUAUCGCCAAAACUCGUCUUAUUAUUCUUCUACUCGUAAACCUCAACCAAUUACUUAUUAUUUCAAACAACGUCAAGUUCAAUCUAUCGGAAAACAACGUAUCGUCAAUAAACAUACUAUCACAACUAAUCCUUCAUUAAUUUUUAUUAACACUCUUAUCAAUGGCAAACCCAUACGAGCCAUGAUCGAUACGGGCGCUUCUCAUUCAUUUAUUACACAACGUGCAUUACGUACACUAUCCUAUUUCCGAUUACCAUCAUGUGAACGUGCAGCACAAUUAGGUGAUGGUCAAACAACACUUAAAAUAGUUGGUGAAGUUCAGCUGUUCCUACAAUUUGAUCAAAUUUUUACACCUGUAACUGCUCUCGUCACUCAAACCAUGAAUACUGAUUUUAUACUUGGUGGUGAUUGGUGUACACAAAAUAAAGUAAAAAUUGAUUAUGCCAAGAGUCAAGUAUCACUGUGUACAAAACUUGGUCGUAUUUUUAUCUCGCAUGAUAAACACAUCGAUUAUUUAAGUUUAGAGGUCAAAUCAAUCAACGUAAUUCAUAUACCACCACGUGAAUCUUGUGCUGUUCAAGCCAAAGUUGAAUUAUCAUCAGUUAAUACUGUAUAUUUUUCUCCUGCUGACACUACAUUACUUGAAAGAUCUGUUAUAAUGUCACCAGCCUUAUUACACGUAAACAACUACACAACCUACUUGAAGAUAUACAACCCUCAUGAUACUACAUGUACAUUACCAAUGAAUACUCGUUUAGGCCAAAUUACUCAUACACCACAUAAACUUCAAUCGUGUGUAGUAUUUGAUCCAUCUCGUUGUUCGUCAUCAUGGUCGGCCCAACAUCAUGUCAUUAAUACAAUCGAACUUAAACAACCGUCAUCUAACACCUGUAAAAUAAUUGAUAAACUGCUGGAUCAUGUUACCAAUUGUCAGGACAAACACCAACUACGUCACAUACUUGAACAACACAUUAAAAUCUUUGAUAUUUCAAAUGUUACACAAGCAAAUACAUCUGUUCAACACAUUAUUAACACCGGUGAUAGUCUUCCGAUCAGUUCAAGACCAUAUCCAAGAACCAUCCAACAACGACGUGAACUUCAAGCCGAAAUUCAAAAAAUGUUGCAAGCUAACCAAAUUCGUCCAUCCGUUUCACCAUGGUCAUCUCCAGUCAUUAUUCACAAAAAAAAAGAUGGUGGUAUUCGUUUUUUGGUGGAUUAUAGAAAAUUGAAUUCAGUCACAAAAAAAGAUUCUUUUCCUCAACCAACAACUGAAGAACUACUACAUCGCUUAGGUGGUCAUUGUUUUUAUUCAAAAUUAGAUCUUAAAUCCGGUUAUUUCCAAAUACCGAUACACGAAGCUGAUAAAGAAAAAACAGCAUUUAUUACACAAGAUGGAUUAUGGGAAUUUAAUGUACUUCCACAAGGCAUUAUGAAUGGACCACCAACUUUUCAAAGAACCAUGCACAAUCUUCUUGGUUAUGGACGAUGGGAUUAUGUCAUGGCAUAUUUAGACGACAUACUUAUUUUUUCACGUACUUUUGAUGAACAUGUUAAACAUUUAACUGAAAUUUUAUCUAUAUUAGCUGAAGUCAACUUUCAAGUCAAUCCUGAUAAAUGUUUUAUUGCUGUUAACGAAAUAGAUUUUUUGGGUCAUACAAUCAAUGAACACAGUAUAAAACCUAAUGGCGAAAAAAUUAAAGCUAUUGUUCAUUUACCAUCUCCUAAAACCCUUAAAGAAGCAAAUGAAUUUUUAGGCAAAAUUAACUGGUAUCGUAAAUUCAUUCCUAAUUUCGCUCGUAUAGCUGCACCACUGCAUAAAGUAACCAACAAAACAAAACAUCGUCGACAUGAAUUUAGAUGGGGACCUGAACAACAACAAUCUUUUGACGAAUUUAAACAUAUACUAACAACAUCUCCUUUAUUUUUAGAAUAUCCAGAUUUGUCAACUCCAUUUACAUUAACAACUGAUGCAUCAGAUAUUGGUAUUGGUGGAAUUUUAAGACAAGAUACACCAGCUGGAACCAAGAUCAAUUAUUUUAAAUCUCGUCUCUUAAAUGAUACUGAACGUAAAUAUGAUACAUUUGAAAAAGAAGCAUUAGCUAUUUAUUGGUGCAUUACCGACCUUCGAUCUUAUAUAGGUGACUCUAAUUUUAUUGUCGAAACAGAUCAUCGACCACUUGAAAAUUUCCACCUUAAACAAAUCAAUAAUAAACGUGUUAUGAAUUGGACUUUUAAAUUACAAGAUAUAUUACCACAAAUUAUUGCAGUCAAAUAUUGUAAAGGUGCAAACAAUACAGCUGCAGAUUAUAUUUCACGGCAUCUUCCUUCAUCAACAUCUGUUGAUACCACACCACCUGGUCCAACUGAUACACCUCAUUCUCAUAUGUGCGAUAAUGCUGAACUUAAUGCUGUUACAACGAGAGCACAAGCCACACUUCUUGCUGAACCACAUUCAUCAACACCAAUAGCACCUGAAUCUACUCGUCCUUCUCCAUCAACAAGUAAUCAAUCAUAUGAUUUUAGUUUAUCACGUAUACGUACUGAACAAAACACUGAUUUAAAUAUUCAAAAUAUAUUACAACAAAUUCGAAAUGAACGUCGCUAUUCAUCGUUUCUUAUUCAAGAUGAUAUUCUUUAUAAAUUAGUUCGUCGAGAUAAUACAGUACUUAAACUUAUCUAUACACCUGCAACUUUAAUUCCGGACCUGUUAACUGCUUAUCAUGAUCACCCGUUAAGUAGUCAUUUCGGUAUUGCUCGCACUUGGUCACAAUUACGAAACACAUAUUAUUGGCCUCGUAUGAAAGAAACCAUCAUAUCGUAUAUUCAAUCAUGUGAUAAAUGUUCAAAAUUUAAUGUGAAUCGUCGUAAACCACCAGGACUUUUACAACCUAUUCAACCACCUAACGAUGUUUUUCAAAUUUUAGGCAUGGAUUGGUGGGGACCCACAACUGCUUCACUUGAUGGAAAUCGAUACGUUUUGGUCAUCACUGAUCGAUUAUCUGGCUAUGUUUUUGCUAAAGCGUCACCUACAAACACUGCACAAGAUACUGCUCGUAUUCUCAUGGAAGAAAUAAUUUUAGUCCAUGGUCCUCCCGAUAUGCUGAUUACUGAUCAAGGUACACACUUCAAUAAUGAAUUAAUGAAUGCUAUAUCGAAUUUGGUUGGCUACAAACACGUUUUCUCGACACCAUAUCAUCCACAAACCAAUGGACAAACCGAACGCUGGAACGCAACAUUCGCUACGCACAUGGCUAAAUUUUGUAAUAUAGAACACAACAAUUGGGACACCUUUCUGCCGUCUAUCGUUUUUGCCUAUAAUCAUGGUGUGUAUAGCUCAACUGGAUUUACACCUUAUCAACUUGCAUUUGGACGACAACCGCUACUUAUCGUUUUUGUUUUUUAUGCUUAUAAACGGUGCCGCACAAUACUGAAACUGGCUGAACAACAAGAACACGCUUCACAACGUGCUCCCACACACGUCUCUUCCAUGACGCCCGCUUAUCCACCACCCUAUGCUCAUAUACCUAAUUCGUCAGUACAUCAACCAUUACAACAAUACACAUCGGUAUUAUUUUCACCAACCUGUGAACCAACAACAUCUCCACUCGCUCCACCAACUUCAAUCGUAUCAUAA